GCCCUGUGUAGAGAAAGAAGACUUGCGUAAAUGAGCAGUGUCAAGUUAUCAAAUUACUGCAGAUAGUUCAUAAGUUGAUUAGUAUCCAUACUACCAAUGUCUGAAUUUACAAUUACCAUCAAGAUGACGGGCGAUGCCAAGCAUCAAAUGACCGUCACGCCUGCUAUGACCGUUCUUCAGUUGAAGGAGAAGAUUGCAAGUGAUCUCGAUGUUUCUGUGGACCGUCAACGUCUCAUAUUUUCUGGUAAAGUUUUGAAAGACAACGACACCCUCGAGACAUACAAGAUCAAAGAAGGUCACUCAAUUCAUUUGGUAAAAGGUGCUGCCAAGAGUGACAAUGCGCCGUCUUCCGCAGCAGUCUCUGCUGCAGGUGGAGCAUCUUCCAAUACAGGCAAUGCCUCUUCGCCACCGCCAUCAGUGCCAUCGAAUAUUGAGGCUGGGCAAGGCUCCUUCAAUCCUUUAGCAGGUCUAACCGAUGCGAGAUAUGCAGGUUACAACAUCCCAAUGCCUACGAUGGACCAGUUGGGCUUUGGUGCAGACGGAAUGCAGCUACCUCCUGAGAACCAAUUAGAACAGAUGAUGGACAAUCCAAUGUUCCAAGAAAGUAUGAGAUCCAUGCUUUCCAAUCCUCAGAUGCUUGAUUAUAUGAUCCAACAGUCGCCACAGCUAAGGGCAAUGGGGCCUGCCGCAAGAGAUCUACUUCAAAGCGAUUAUGUUAGAAACAUGUUGACCAACCCACAGGCCAUGAGGGGCAUGAUGGAAUUCCAGAGGGCGAUGUCGGGAUCCGGUGCUGGUGCUGACGCUGCCACCUCAAGCUUUCCUACUCCGGGAAACCCAAAUGCCGCUUCUGGAAACACUGCUGAUAACGCCAGCUCGACGAAUGCCACUGGUGCUGAGUCAAGCAGUGCCAAUCCAGGUGCAGCUGCUAACCCAUUUGCCUCUCUAUUCGGUGCCGGAGCCGGUGCAGGCGCUGGCGCAGGUUUAGGAGCCAACCCUUUUCUGAACCCGGCGCUUAAUCCUAAUCUGUUAAACAUGUUCGGGAACCCAGGCGCUGCAGCUGCUGCAGCUGAAACGAGGCCGCCAGAGGAAGUUUACGAGACGCAGUUGCGUCAAUUGAACGACAUGGGAUUUUUCGACUUUGACCGUAACGUACGUGCUUUAAGACGCAGUGGCGGUUCGGUUGAGGGUGCAAUCGAGAUGUUGUUCAACGGUUCUGUUUAAUACUAGCCCUGUAGGACUAAAAACUGGUUUAGAAAACUAAUCUUUAUAAUUACUUAAUAAUAAGCCUUAGAAAAGUAA